AUGCCUCCGUUCGUUCCGCGCAAAAGGCGCUCGCCUUCGCCAGAAGCUCCUCCUGCGAAACGAAGAGAGACUGCCCGUGGCAAGAAAGCUCCCGUUGACAAGAAACCUACCAAGUCCACCAAGCCAAAGAGCAGCGUCUUUGAUGCAAUCGAUACGCUGAAUACCAAGGCGACGGCCGAAGAGGCCAAGAACUUCUUUGCAAGCGUUGGCAAAGGCGACAGCGAUGACAAUGAUGACGACGACGCUUCCAAUUCUGAAGACGACGACCACGAGUUCGAAGAUGUGCCCAUGAAAGAUGCACCGAAAGAGCAGGACGACGGCGAGGACAUGGAUUGGGAAGAUGCCAUUCCUGCUCAGGAAGACAAGGUCGACGAUGACAGUGCCAUCCAAGACAUCAACAUUUCCAUCAACGAAGACGGCAGUGUCCAGGCUAUUGCUGCUGCUGAACAACAAGCAACGGCUAAAAAGGGCCCUUCCAAGAGAGAACGUCAGGCACGUAUCCGAGCACACUGUAUACACGUCCAGACCCUACUCUUCCACAACGCCGUCCGUAACUCGUGGCUCAACGACAAAGAACUACACAAGAUUCUACUCGACAGCCUGAGCCAAGGUGUCAAGGACGAGAUUGACCGCUGGAAGAUCAACAUGGGCUUGAAACAACCGCCGUCCAAGAAGAAGCAAAAAGGAAAGAGCAAGGGAAAUGGUAAAGCCAGAGAUUGGGGACAGGACGCUGAUAGACUCGAGCCUGGCGUGCCCAACCUCAGUAGCGGAGACCCUUUACUCCGACUGCUCAAAGUCCUGACUGCCUACUGGAGAAAGCGUUUCAGCGUCACCGCUCCUGGUAUACGCAAGCAAGGUUACCUGCCUCAACGACUCAUCACCUACGAGAUCAAGGCUUGGGCCAAGAACAAGUCCAACGCCGAGCGCCACGGUGAACGAAUCGAGAACAUCGACGAGUUCCGCAAGUGCGCAAAGGAAUGUCGAGGCUCACGAGAUGUUGGUGCUCAGCUGUUCACUGCUCUGAUCAGAGCCAUUGGUAUCGAGUCCAGAAUGGUGGCAAGUUUGCAGCCUGCUGGCUUUGGCUGGACAAAGGUUGAGGAUGGUGAGAUCAAAAAGCAACCUCAAACUUCAUCUUCGAAUCCUGUCGAGAUUUCUGAUGACGAGAGUGNNAUGCUGCUGAGUUUCCGAAACCUAAGUCAAAAGCAAAAGCGAAAAAAGCCGGUCAAAGCUGAGAAGCCAGCGCGGAAAUUCACUCGCAAAUCGAAAGGCGCUGUGGUCGAAGAUGAGUCUAGUGAGCUCUCAAGUAUUCCAUCAGACGCCGACGACGAUGAUGAUGCUUCGGUAAUCGACAUCACACCCGCACCUCCACUCAAGAACAGCAAGAAGUAUGACCGUGACUUGGCAUAUCCUCAUUACUGGACAGAAGUUCUUUCUCCCGUCUCAAACGCUUAUAUCCCCGUCGACUCUAUCGUCCUUUCCACUGUCGCUAGCAACCAAGAGUUAUUGUCUACUUUCGAGCCUCGAGGCAAGCGUGCCGACCAAGCCAAACAGGUCAUAUGCUAUGUCGUUGCUCACAACCAAGAUACUACUGCCAAAGAUGUCACUGUUCGCUACCUAAAGAAGCAUCAACUGCCUGGACGUACCAAAGGCUUCCGUAUGCCUGUCGAGAAGAUCCCUGUUCUCAACAAGCGCGGAAAGGUCAUCAAGACAGAAGACUACGACUUCUUCAAGCGUAUCAUGUCGCCAUUUGUGCGUCCUCAAAACAAGCGCACUGCAGCAGACGACGUCGAAGAGUCAACAGAUCUCAAACCUUUCAAGCCACUGACCGAGAAAGCCAAGGUUGCGACCGAGUCAUUGCAAUGGUACAAACAAAGUGCCGAGUUUGUGCUCGAGCGUCAUCUCCGUCGUGAAGAAGCCAUUCUUCCUGAAGCUAAGCAAGUCAGGACAUUCAUCUCAGGCAAAGGCGACAAGGAGAAGUCAGAACCUGUCUACAAGAGAGCUGACGUCGUGAACUGUAAGACCGUCGAAUCAUGGCAUAAAGAAGGUCGGCAAAUCAAGCUUGGCGAACAACCUCUCAAGAUGGUCCCUGUACGAGCUGUAACCCUCAUGCGUAAGCGUGAGAUGGAAGAAGCUGAACGCGAAACUGGUGAGAAGCUCAAGCAAGGUCUCUACGGUAUUGAUCAGACCGAAUGGAUCAUCCCACCGCCCAUCGAGAAUGGUGUCAUUCCAAAGAAUGCAUACAACAAUAUUGAUGUGUAUGUGCCAUCGAUGGUGCCCAAAGGUGCUGUUCACAUACCUCUUCGCAGCACUGCCAGGAUCUGCAGAAAGCUCAAUAUCGACUAUGCGGAAGCUUGCACAGGCUUCGAGUUUGGCAAACAGCGUGCAGUUCCCGUCAUCACCGGUGUAGUCGUGGCUGCCGAGAACGAGGAUGCUGUCAUUGAUGCUUGGGAGAUUGAAGAAGCUGAACGCAAACGCAGAGAGGAUGUCAAGAGACAGGCUACUAACCUGCAUCUGUGGCGCAAAUUCCUCAUGGGCUUGCGUAUCGUUGAACGAGACAAAGAAGAAGACACGGAUCUUAGUCUUGGUGGUGGUGGCUUUAUGCCUGAAGACGAAGGCGAGGACAACACCAAAGUCGAAGAUGCCGAUAUCGAAAUGGGCGGUGGCUUCUUACUCGACGAUGACGAUGCAGCAGAAGAGAAGAAGCCAGUCACCAGCUCGCACUUCGCACCUAUGUCUCUGGCAUCCGCACACCGUCAAGCCCAAUCCUCAGACGUCGAACCCGUGAAAGAGGAAGAGGAAAGCGAGGAAGAGCUGGACGAAGAACCGCCAACUACACGUCGCAACUCCGGCCCUUCCACCGCUACUGCCAAAGCAAAAGCAAAGUCGAAGGCAGCAUCAAAAGCAAAGGCAAAGCCUGCUAGCAAGCCUCCGCCCAAACGACCUGCUAGAAAGAGCAAAGCAGUGAUCUACGAGUCCGAAGAAGAAAACGAAGAUGAAGAUGAAGACGAAGCCGCCCACUCAUCGUCCCUCUCCGACCUUACAGACGCGUCCGAGGAUUCUGUACCUCAAAAGCCGAUCAAAAGACGCAACUCCUCACCCCGCGUCGUCAUAUCACCGCGCAAGAUAAACGGUAUCAAGAAAGAGAUUAAGAGCCCUUACUUUUCACAUACCGAGGACGACGGUGGUGGCGAGAAGAUGAACGAGGAGAUGGACGAGGAUGACGAGGAAAGUGAGGAAGAGGUGGUGAAGCCUAGGAUGACUACCAGACGCACGAGAGGCAAGGCAUAA